GAGGACAACGCUGUCGGAACCCCUGAACCUGGAUCAGGAGGACCAUCUCGCAGAGCAAAGCGCGCACUUCGGUACCGCGACGGCGACUCCUCGUCCGAUGAAGAGGAGCCGGAUCGAAAGAAGUCGAAGCCUGUCGACAGAUCGACCUUCGCCUGGGUCAUCAACCCUCCGCUCACUGUCACCAAAGUGUCGCCCAUCGUCAAACGUCUUGAGAAGCAGUACCGUAUGUUCGCGCGAGACAUCAAGACCACCCUCACAGACCUCCUUAACACUCCAGGGAUCCCCGAGCUCCCCAUCUCGGAAUGGGAGAACAUCCUUCGAGGCCGAACUGUCGACCUCGACCAGGUCUUCAGUGGACGAUACUCAACAUCACCCGAUGAGAAGCAGAAACACAAGUUCUCCGAAGGCGUCGAGAUCUCUCUGGGAACGUCUCGACCUUCCAAAACCGUCAAAGGCUGCGGAGACUGGCUCAUCGCGUGGCAGGAAGCCAGUGCCGCCUACUCUGCCGUCCUUCCGGAACUCGCUCCUGUCUGCGCCGCCUAUGGCAAGCACAUCACCGGCCAGUUCGCCUCUCUUCACAGUUCCCUCAGCAAUCGCGUCCUCGACUAUGACCGCGCCGUGCGCAAGCGUGUCGCCCUCAAUCGGCAGCUUCUGUUCUCAGACACCUAUGAGUUCAACGACCUCCGCAUCCAGUUCACGGAUUCCGGAGGCGCGAACGUCCUGCAAACCGUGUUCUCCGGCUCAGGAUCACGACGAAGCAGAGCAAACUCCAGCCGAGGAACCAACGAAGGCUCCGCCGGUAGUCGGGGCUCAUCAGACGACAUCUGUCGCCGUUUCAACAAGAAUCUGUCUCACGAGUCCCCGUGCAAAUACAAGCACGUCUGUUCCGCCUGCCGCGGCGCCCAUACCAGGUCCCAAUGCCCUUCGCAAGCG